AUGUCUCCGUACUUCAGUCUUACGUUUUUAGCCCAGAUCGAUGAUGAAGCAUCUUCUAGUGAUGAUUCAAACGAUCCUGAGUUCCAGGAGUUGCAAGAAAGGUCUACUAUCGUUGAAAAAUAUGAAAAGGGCCCUGAGCAAGUAGUUGAAGAGUGGGAAAACCCGACAUUUGAGCUUUAUAGAGUGACCGACCGUUAUGGGUUUGUUCAUAAAGAUGAAAGCACUAAUUCUGCAUCAGAAGCUGCAGAAAGGAAGAGGAUAGCUAAGGAAACGUCUCGCGAACAUAAGUGGCUUAACAUGAUGGCUCGAUGGAAUGAGGGUAAGCGGGUUCCGAAGUUGGCUUCGCGUGUAUGGAAAGGAGUUCCUGAAAAAUUGAGAUCUGUGGUCUGGACUUAUUUAUUGGAGAUUUCGAAAUAUAAGCAUAAUGCUCAACACAAUUUGUAUAAGGAAUUAUUGAUGCGUGCUCGAUUAGUUUCUAAAGAUAUAAAGCAAAUUGACUUGGAUAUUAAUAGGACUUAUCGAGAUCAUCUAGCAUUCAGAAAGCGUUACGACGUAAAGCAGAAAUCUCUGUUUAAUGUGCUAGCUGCAUAUGCCAUGUAUAACACAGAAGUAGGUUACUGCCAAGGUAUGAGCCAAAUUGCGGCUCUUUUCUUGAUGUACAUGGAUGAGGAAGAUGCAUUUUGGUGUUUACAUUCGUUGCUUGUCAAUGAAAGGCAUUCUAUGCAUGGGUUUUUUGUUCCGGGGUUUCCUAAAUUGGUUCGAUUUCAAAAUCACUACGAUAAAAUCUUGCAAAAGUAUCUUCCACGGGUUAAAAGACAUUUGGAUAAAGCGGGUAUACCACCAAUCUAUUUAACGAAAUGGUGGUUUGGCUGUUAUCUUGACAGGGUUCCAUUUCCUCUCGCGUUGCGGCUUUGGGAUGUCUUUCUGUUAGAAGGAGAUGCUGUUUUAAUAGCAAUGUCUUACAAUAUAAUGAAAAUGCAUCAAAGUUCAAUUCGAAAACUACAAAUUGAGAAUUUUAUGAAUUAUAUUCAAACAACCUUAGCAGCAGAUUUUGGAUACUCUGAUGAAGUUGUAAUGCGCUCUUUGGAAGAGUGUUUGAGGCGGUUACGAAAUGAUAGAAUGGAUUUACCCCCACCACCUGGUCCUCAUGAUCUUCCCGAAAGACCAACAAAACCUCUUGGGCCAGUUCUUACUCGAUCAAUGAUUGAUAUUCGUCUAGAUAUUGCAGAAAUUCAGAGUCGGCACUCUCGUGCAAACUCUGUGGCUGGUCGUUCAACUGGCAUGACUUCACGCGGUCGAACUCCUCCUUCACCUACGCCAAUUCGUGCAAAAUUAAAAGUAGCUUUAGAAGCGCAAAAAGAAGAACUUGAAGUCCCGUCCAGUUCGUCAGCUAGCACGAUAAAAAGCGCUAAGGAUGUUCGGAGUGGAACACAGACACCUCUGCAGCACUCGUCUGCGUUUAACACAAUGCAAGAAAAAAGACCUCUUUUAAGUCGUGAGGAAACUCCCACAGAUGACCUCGUCAAUCAACCUACUUCCAGCGUUAUUGAGAUUCCGGAUAUUUCUACGUUAAGUAUACGCCGUGUAUAUGAUUCUAGUAGGAGUGUUUCUCCGGCUACUGAAGUUGUGCCAGUUUCAACACAGAAGUCAUCUUUAAUGAAUUCUCCCCGUAGUUUUGUUGCGGAAUUGAAGACACAGUAUGAGAAAAGUGCUAUGAUUUCUUCACGAUAUCCUCCUCCUUCACCGGAGCCUACUUUAGAAGACAGUUCGGGUGAGUUCUUUUCGUCUAAACCGACUUAA